AUGACCUCAUCCACUAGUAAACCUAAACCAGUCCUUAAAUCCGGCUGCAGCGCCGGUGGCAUCAGAUCGGCCUCAGCAGAAACCUUCACCGAACGAGACCACGUCUUCGCAACAGCGCGCACCCUGUCAAAGAUGGCACAUCAAGAGAAUCGCCCGAACAUCACCCUCUUAGAGCUGGAUGUGACGUCCACCUGUAGUAUCUAUGCUACCGUGGAUACUGUCACAACAAUUACCUGGGGAAAGCUCGAUUAUCCAGUCAACAAUUCAGGCCAAUCCUGCGUUCGGCCGGCUCUUGUUAUUGCCUCACGGGGGACUAUUGUUAGUGUGGACUCUAUUGCUUCGGUGUUGAAUGUGCCGUGGGGAUCUUCUUUUAACGCAUCAAAAGCCGCAAUAAAAGUAUACGGUGAAUCCCUCCGUCUAGAAAUGGCACCUCUAAAUGUAAAAGUCACCACCGUCAUAGCCGGAGUCGUCGCAACGAACAUUUUCGCCAACCAUCCAGACCCCAAACUUCCCGCGGAUUCGUACUGGAAGCCCGCUUCUAAAGAGAUCAGUGCUGUUAUAACGGGCAGUUCAAGCCCCCAUGAGAAAGGGCUUCCAGCGUCCGUAUUUGCGAAACGUGUCGCGGAUGAUGUGCUUGGAGGCGCGACGGGGUUAACAUGGAGGGGGAAGAUGGCUUCAAUUGGGUGGUUUUUGCAGGCUUUUGGAUCGCGCUCUGCUAGCUGGGUCUGGGAUGGAGAGAUUGGCAUCGGCUUAAAGUUGAAGGGUCUACACCGUGCAUAU